CCUGGAGCUGUGAGGUCUCGCUGAGUCAUGAUGAAACUCCUGCCUGUUGUUCCUGCCCUCCUGCUUCUCUUGACAACGUUGGAAGCCAGACCAAAACCUGCAGCCCUGAAGUGCAGGACGGGUCCCCUGGACAUCGUGUUUGUGAUCGACAGCUCCCGCAGCGUGCGCCCCUUUGAGUUCGAGAUCAUGCGGCAGUUCAUGAUGGACAUCAUCGGCAGCCUGGAUGUGGGCCCCAAUGCCACACGGGUUGGGGUGAUCCAGUACUCCAGCCAGGUGCAGAACAUCUUCUCCCUCAAGACCUUCUUCACACGGGAAGACAUGGAGAAGGCCAUCAACGGCAUCAUCCCGCUGGCCCAAGGCACCAUGACAGGGCUGGCCAUCCAGUACGCCAUGAACGUGGCCUUCAGCACGCAGGAGGGGGCUCGCCCUCUGCACAAGAGGAUCCCUCGUAUCGCAAUCGUUGUGACAGACGGACGGCCCCAGGACCGUGUCACUGAGGUGGCCACCCAGGCCCGGAAUGCUGGCAUUGAGAUCUACGCCGUGGGCGUCCAGCGGGCAGACAUGAACUCGCUGCGGGCCAUGGCCUCGCCGCCGCUGGAGGAGCACGUCUUCCUGGUGGAGUCCUUCGAGCUCAUCCAGCAGUUUGCUAAGCAGUUCCAGGACAAGCUCUGCGGACUGGAUAUGUGCAUGGACCAGGAGCAUGGUUGCCAGCACAGCUGUGUCAGCACCCCUGUCUCCUUCUACUGUGAAUGCAGCCCUGGCUACAGGCUCAACGCGGAUGGAAAGACUUGUUCCCCCAUCGAUGCCUGUGCAGAUGGGAGACAUGGCUGUCAGCACAUCUGUGUCAGCACCCGUGGUUCAUACUCGUGCCACUGCCACAGGGGUUACUACCUAAACCAGGACAGGAGAAGCUGCUCUAUGAUCGAUUACUGCAGCUUCGGAAACCACAGCUGCCAGCACGAGUGUGUGAGCAUCCCCCACGGGCACUACUGUCGCUGCCGCAGCGGCUUCACGCUGCAGCCUGACGCCAAGUCCUGCAGGGCCACUGACCUCUGCAAUGGCGUGGAUCACGGCUGCGAGUUCAGGUGUGUGAGCACGGAGGGCUCCUACCGCUGCAUGUGCCCCGAGGGCCAACAGCUCCAGGCUGACGGCAAGGCCUGCAGCAAGUGCGGGUCUGGACAUGUUGACCUGGUGUUGGUGAUCGAUGGCUCCAAGAGCGUCCGGCCCCAAAACUUUGAGCUGGUGAAGCAGUUUGUGAACCGCAUUGUGGACCUGCUGGAGGUGUCCCCCCAAGGCACACGGGUGGGGCUGGUGCAGUACUCCAGCCGCGUCCGCACUGAGUUCCCCCUCAACAAGUACCACAGUGCGGAUGAGAUCAAGAAGGCAGUGAUGGAGGUGGAGUACAUGGAGAAAGGCACCAUGACAGGCCUUGCCCUCAAGCACAUGGUGGAGCACAGCUUCUCUGAGUUGGAAGGUGCCAGACCUCUCUCCCACAACAUUCCCAGAAUUGGACUCGUCUUCACGGAUGGGCGCUCCCAAGAUGACAUCUCCGAAUGGGCCAGGAGAGCAAAGGAGUCAGGGAUUGUUAUGUUUGCUGUGGGUGUUGGCAAGGCUGUGGAAGAGGAGCUGCGAGCGAUUGCCUCUGAACCAGUGGAGCAGCACUUCUCCUACUCAGCAGACUUCACCACCAUGACCCACCUUGUGGAGAACUUCAAGUUGAACAUCUGCCCAGAGGAAGGCAAAGGAGUGACGGAGAUUCGCAGCCCAUGCGAGUGUGAGGCACUGGUGCAGUUCCAGACAAACACUGUGGCCAUCCUGCAGAGCCUCACCGAGAAAAUUGCUCAGAUGACAGCCAGACUCGAGGACUUGGAGAAGCAGCUUGCCCUCAAGAAGUGAUCCUUACAGAGAGCUGCAGCACUCAGCUGGGGCUUAGGGGACCUACAGUAGCUCCGUGGCAUUGUUAUUCCUAGGUUAUUGUAAAGCAUCACUGUUUGUUCUUGUAUCACAACACCCCCAAGGGGGACACAUGGAGUGUAUUUAAAAUGGCAACAAUCUUUAAAAAAAAAAACAAAAACAACAAAAAAUAACUUGAGCAAACCCCAGCUGCAAAGUCAAAAGGUCCAGUCCAGUCACCACUGUUGCCUUGUUCCUCUGAAGGUCUGGGGUGAGAUGGGAUGACUGAGGGCAGGCUGGGUCUUGGACAAGGAGACAUGAUACCCAGCCUUUUCCAGGAGUGAGUGGGAUGAAGCAGCCCCCGCACAGCCACUCUGCCCUCUGGUGCCCAGAGAGCUGCUUUGCAAGAGAAAAAACCUGCGGUGAACACACCCAGAGAGCUGUCAGCUCAGCGUCUGCUGCCACGGUGGGGCAAGGAGAGCCGGGUGCUGUGGGUAGUGCGCGGGGAUGGAUGCUGCCAGCCACCUACCAACAUAAUGCCCAGGUGUGUGCCCAUGGGAAAGCAGAUGGCAGGAACCAGAGGUUUUCUUGCCCCUGUUCUGGCAGAGUUGUUUGGGAAUUGGUCUUUAUCUUGUUUGAUUAUUUUGUUAUUACAUAGCAAAAUGGUACUAAUUCUUUCUAUAAAUAUCUAUGUGUGUGUGUACAUAUAUACAUAUAUAUAUAUAUAUUUUUCAUUUUGAGAACAGAGGAGUACUAUUUUUCAACACUUCUUUUAUACAAAGACAUUUCUAUCCUGACAGUUAGUCCCUUACAUAAAUUCAGCUUAAAGUCAAA